AUGAACAUCGAUCUCAGAAUAGCUCCACACGGAUAUAACCUUGUUUCUGUCCAUGUGAUCACUCGACACGGCGACCGAUCUCCAAUGUACACCUUCAACCGUCAUACUAGCCCACGUCUUAGCUGUCAGUUUGACCCCCAGGAGGUGAUGAAAGACGCCCAACUCGCCGCCUACGUCACAACGAUGCGGGGCUGGGAGGGUCAUCAACGGGAGGACAGUGGCUUCAUGAGCUGGGCCCUCUACCCUGGCCGGAAGGUUUGUGACACCUCACAACUCAGUGCGGUCGGCGCGAAACAAAUGCUGAAUCUUGGGUACUUGAUGCAUGAACGUUACGUACAAAAAUGGCGCCUUUUUGGACACAACUUUCGUGCAGAGCAAGUGUUACCUCGUAGCACGGAAUAUUCUCGAACAUACCAGAGCGCCAUUGCGUUCCUUUACGCCUUUCUGCCACGAUUCAAUCUGACAGAUAUGCAUGUGAAGCGAGUUUCAAAUCUGUUCUUCUGUUCCGAACAAACACUCGCAGCUCCGUGCACGUGUCCAGUGCUGAGGAGUCUUAAGAAGCAAGCGGACGCGCUGGCUACCUCCGCUGUGAGGAACAGUACAGGAUAUGACACUUUAGUGAACGCCUUGGCGAAUAUGUAUGACAUGCCAGUGAGCCGCCUUCCAAGGAUGUGGGCAAUGAUGGAUGUAUUUCUCUCCCACACAUGUAACUCCCUCCCUUUGCCUUGUAACAAACAGGGUCUGUGCAUUAAACCAAGAAUGGUAUCGGAACUUUGGGGACAUGUCACAAAUUAUACCAAGUAUCUCAUUACAGAUGAAAGGUAUCAGAAAUAUGCAAGUUUAGCUGUACAUCCGCUUCUAACUGAAAUUGUGGAACAAAUGCAAGAUGCUGCAAACGGUGUCACCAAUACCAAAUUUCAUCUCUUAUCUGGUCAUGACGCGACCUUGGUACCACUAUCUGUUGUUUUUGGCGCUGGCGGAGGAACAUGGCCGCGUUACGCAUCCAGAUUUGUGCUGGAACUAUAUUCUCGGAAGGAUACAUCUGAACAUUACAUCCGGGUGCUUCAUGAUGGUAAAGACGUCACUCGUGAGGUUGCCUUUUGUCAUGGGCAUAUCCAUGAUGGAAUGUGCCCUUUGAAACGGUUCGCCGACUUUGUACUGCGAGACAAUUUAAGACAUUUUGAUGAAAGUGAUUAUAUUAAUCUAUGCUACAGCCCAUCAUAAUCUGAACACAUACCCCGACAUGUAAACAGUAUUUUAUGGACGUUCAUUUCAAUGUAUUACACAAUGAUGACGUAAACGCCCCUAGCAUGCCGAGGAUGGGAUACAUGACAGGUGAAUGGUAAACACAUGCUUGAAAUAGAAGGAUAGACAUGUGCAUCGCUGUAAACUAGUUAUUAAAUUAACCGAAUGAGUGAAUUGGGUUAACGCCACUUUUUAAACAGUGCUCCCAAGCUUAAUAGGGGAGAAACAAACCCGAGCACAAAUGUGCUGGUGACUAACCUAGAAUCACCGGGAUUCGAACCCACAAUCGUAGUUUUCAUCAGUGCCCAAGGGAUACAACUUUGCACGUUACCCUCUUACGCUUAUAAAAUACGUAUAUGUAAGUAGAAUACAUACAUAAUACAUAUACGGUAUACGAAGAGUGAGUUUGAUACAGAUUUGCACAUUGUUUUGCAAGAACGUUAUCAAGAUAUAUCCUGGUAUACGAUGGGUAUCUGUGACAACGUCGGGCGACUUAGAAUACACCGUCACAUUCCUUCAGCGGCAUAAAUAUGUCUAGAGAUCUCACUGUAUUGUUCUAAACAAUAGUAGUUCUAACAUGCUAGUUGCUCACCUCUGCUCACCUCACGGACUGCUUGUCCAAGCUCUUGUCAGCACAGCUGAAGAUGGUUGUUUUUGCAAGUGAGUGAGUGAGUUUAGUUUUAUGCCGCACUCAGCAAUAUUCCAGCUAUAUA